GCCCCGGAAACCAUAACCGACAACGCAUUUUAACAUCCAUACAUAAAACGGCUUACACGUUGUGACGCUGCGUCAUCGCGCCACGUUCGACGUCUCCCUUUUAUCACUCGCCUGAUAGUGAUAGCGAGACUCCGGUAGUCCGGUGCCUAAGCCUUUCGCAUUUUACCGGUCGCCAUCCUGACAUUGAAAAUUUUCUCCAGCGUUUAGUUGCACUUGGCUCCACUAUAUUUUCGGAAUUCAAAAUUGCUGCGAUUUUUUGAAAUGAUGGGCCCCCAGAGAGACAUAUACUCCAUGUACAAACGUGCAUCCUUCAGGGAACAUGACCUCCCUUUCUAUGAUAGAGAAGAAAACAUAGGUCGCAUACAUAGUGGGGUUUAUAAAGAUAAUGUUGGGAGCCCCUCAUGGAAGCACUCCUUACCUCACAUUUUGGUGGCUACUCUCUCGUCUUUUUUAUAUGGCUACCACCUAGGGGUGGUUAAUGAGACACUGGAAAGCAUUUCUUUGGAUCUUGGUUUUGGUGGUAGUACCUUGGCUGAAGGCCUGGUAGUGAGUACAUGUUUAGCAGGUGCAUUUGUUGGCUCUAUAAUUUGUGGUUGGAUAGCAGAUGGAGUUGGUCGUCGUAGGUCUUUUCAAUUGAGUGCGCUACCAAUGAUCAUUGGUAUUUCUAUGAGUGCAACAACAAAUACUCUUGGACGAAUGCUUAUCGGGAGGUUGCUUAUUGGUAUAGGGAUGGGUCUUGGUCCUCCUGUUGCUGCUCUCUAUGUAGCAGAAGUUUCGCCAGCUUCUGUAAGAGGCAUGUAUGGGAGCUUCCCUCAGAUUGCGACAUGCCUUGGUCUUAUGGGUUCUCUCGUCAUUGGGAUUCCAUCCAAGGAUAUUCGUGGUUGGUGGCGGAUUUGCUUUUGGGUGUCUGUUGUUCCUGCCAUAUUACUCGCUGUUCUGAUGGAGUUAUGUGUGGAAAGUCCUCAUUGGCUUGUCAAGAGAGGAAGAAUUGCAGCAGCUGAAGAAACGCUUGAGAAGCUUAUCGGAUUGCCACAUGUGAAAUCUGCAAUGGCAGAACUUUCAAAGUCAGACAAAGGGGAUGGGAUGGACACCGUAAAAUUCUCGGGGUUACUUUAUCCUCCUCAUUUUAGAGUGGUUUUUAUUGGGUCUGUCCUAUUUGCUCUUCAACAACUAUCUGGGAUAAAUGCCGUGUUCUAUUUCUCUUCUACGGUGUUUAAAAGUGCUGGAGUACCUUCAGACAUUGCAAACAUAUCUGUAGGGGUUGUAACCUUGACAGGGUCCAUUAUUGCAAUGAUUUUAAUGGAUAGACUAGGAAGGAAGAUGCUUCUUAUCUGGAGUUUUUGGGGCAUGGUUGUUGCAAUGGCUUCUCAAGUGUUAGCAGCGUGUUCUUUCACAACAGGCUCUAUAAAAGUAUACCUAUCUGUCGGAGGCAUUCUAUUGGAUGUCCUGUCGUUCUCUUUGGGGGCUGGACCGGUGCCCAGUCUCCUCCUGUCUGAGAUAUUCCCUGGUUGGAUUAGAGCAAAGGCAAUGGCUCUCUGCAUGGCUGUGCAUUGGAUGGUAAAUUUUUUUGUCGGACUUUUGUUCCUGCAAUUGUUGGAACAACUCGGACCGAGAAUUUUGUACACAGCAUUUGGCACAUUUAGCUUGAUAGCAGUGAUCUUUGUGGAGAGGAAUGUGGUUGAGACAAAAGGAAAAACACUGCAAGAAAUCGAGUUUUCCCUUCUUCCAUCUCGUUAGUUCAGGUUGUCUUUAUUGGGUAUGUACGUGCAGACAACCAAUUCUUCAGUAGUGUGAGAUUUAGACAGACAUUUGAUGUGUGUUCAAACAUGUGAUGAUAUAUGCAGGAGUAUUGGGAGAGUGGAUAAACAAACGAUUAUGAUCAAUCCACGAGUGCAUUGGGGGUGGUCCAUAAGUAUUGUUAUUAGAUUAUGAACGAUAUGAGAUUUUACUAUAUUACACGGUUUCAUUUAUCAGUCGAGUUACACAGAUGAUGUAUUAUUGUAUGAUCACAUGUAUGGGCAACCAUUACUCACUUUUCUUGAAGCUAAAAAUAUGAGGCUUCAUGGCCAGGUCAAAAGCAUCAAACUUUAGCAAAUAGAAGAGAGAACUUGCAUGAAAAA